AUGGAGGCGGCGGCGGCCCCGGCCCCGGGCGGCGGCCCCGGUACCCUGCUGCUCUGCCUGGCUCUCGCCUCCGGCUUGGCGUUCUUCAGCUGCGUGAGCGCCGACACCAACAUCACUGCCGGCCACGGCACGGAGGGGCUGAGCUGCGGCACAGCCAAGGCAUGCACAGGGAACGGGACGCAGCUGCGGCGGCAGAGCCACUUCUCCCGGUGCCCGGAGGAGUUCCAGCACUACUGUGUCAGAGGGAGGUGCCGCUUCCUCGUGGCCGAGCAGGCACCGGCUUGUGUGUGCGAGAGAGGCUACACCGGGGCUCGCUGCGAGAGGGUGGAUCUGUUCUACCUGCGAGGGGACCAGGGCCAGAUCGUCAUCAUCUCCCUGAUCGCCGCCAUCGUUACCCUCAUCAUCCUCAUCGUCGGCAUCUGCCUCUGCAGUCACCACUGUCGGAGGCAGCGUAGGAAGAGAAAAGCAGAAGAGAUGGAAACUCUGAACAAGGAUUCACCAUCCAGAAGUGAAGAUGUGCGGGAAACGGGCAUCGCGUGAAGGUGCAGGGGAGCCGGGGGUGGGGGCCACCGAGCCGGUGCUACCGGAGCCCCGCACCGGGGCGGGUGCCGAGGCCGACGGGCCCCGCUGUGUCCGCAGGAGCUCCCGGUACCUGCGGGCGGGUCCCGGGCGGCAGCAGCGGCUAAAACCGGGCAGCGGCUUGA